AUGCGAAUUGUCAAGAAUUGUCACAAAAAUACAUCAGUUUUACUCCGGAACUUCCGUUUCAGGGACAGAAAUUUGGAAACCAUCGAAGUAGUGGACGGUGAAACAACAGUACUUGUAGUGCUGAAGUGUUACGGAUUCCGUCAUAUCCAGAAUCAGGUGCAAAAAUUGAAGCGUUCGAAGUGUAACUAUGGUUAUGUGGAGAUUAUGGCUUGUCCUUCGGGAUGUAUCAGUGGCGGCGGGCAAAUUCGCGGAGCAACUGCCGAUGAGCGCAAACGAAUUCUGUCCGAGAUAGAACUUCCGUACUCCGGCAGCACUGAUGAAGCGGAAAGGGAAAUGGAAGGAAUUAAAGAGGAAUGGGCAAAAUUGAACCCAAAUUGGACAGACAUGUUGUUUACGCAGUACCAUAUCGUUGACAAAACUAUACUGGAUAGGAUAAACACCGAUUGGUGA